GCUCUACUUCUAAGAGCCACACCAGUCGUACCCGCAGCUGGCAGGCCUGGAGGAAACGCCUCCUGGGGGCUGCCUCUCCUCCUCCUCCUCCUCCCUUCGCCUCCUCCUUUCCUUGCCUUUCCUCCCUCCUUCCUUCCCGGGGAGGCGGCGUCAUCAGGCUCCGCUCCCCAAAUGCCGGGCCCGCCUUGGCACAUGGAGACGAGAGCCGCGCUCUUUGGGGCAGCAGCGAAGCCAAGCAAGACCUGAAGCCCGCCUGCCGCCUUCUCCACUCCGCUUCCUUUGUGUGUGUGUGUGUGUAUUGGAUAGGGAGAGACCCGCGUGAGCGUGUUUGUGUGGCGGAGGUGGAGCCGCUCGCUGCCUCUCUUGUCAAGCCUGAGCGGCGAAGGGAGGAGGGGGCAAGGGCGAGGGCAGGCGGCUUUCUAGUUCCCCGCCUUCCCAGAGAAAGGGACCUGGACGAAAGAAAGGGGCAAAGCCACCAGGAGCAACAGCAGCACGUUCUCGGCUUCGGCGGCGAGCUCAGCCCCAACGGGUGCUGCUGCUGUUUCGCUCCCACCGGCUCCAGCCCUUUGCCAUGGGUUGGGGGCCUCAGCCGGAGAGCAGCAGCAGCCGGAGCAGCAACACCUGGACUCGUCACUGAGAAGCCCUGCCGAAGGAGGAUGGCCACCUCCAGCAACUCCAGUCUAUCCGGCUCCUCGGUUUCCUCGGAUGCUGAAGACUAUCAACCCCCAAUAUGGAAAUCAUACUUAUAUCAGCUACAACAAGAAGCACCUCGUCCCAAGAGGAUAAUUUGUCCUCGAGAGGUGGAGAACAGACCAAAGUACUAUGGCAGAGAGUUUCAUGGGAUCAUUUCUCGCGAACAAGCUGAUGAAUUACUUGGUGGUGUAGAAGGAGCCUAUAUUCUCAGAGAGAGCCAGCGGCAACCUGGAUGCUAUACUCUAGCUCUUAGAUUUGGUAACCAGACCUUAAACUACAGGCUUUUUUACGAUGGGAAGCACUUUGUAGGGGAGAAGAGGUUCGAAUCAAUCCAUGAUUUGGUUACAGACGGCUUGAUAACAUUGUAUAUAGAAACAAAGGCUUCUGAAUAUAUUUCUAAAAUGACAACAAAUCCUAUCUAUGAACACAUUGGAUAUGCCACCUUGCUUAGAGAAAAGGUUUCCCGGAGACUGAGUAGAUCAAAAACUGAAUCAAGAAAAGCUAGUGUAACGGCAUGUGAAGAAACUACACCAGUUGAAAAGAUCACAUCUUUGGUCCGGAGAGCUGCGUUAACACAAAAUGACAACUAUUUCAACUAUGAAAAAGCACACAACUUUAAGGUCCAUACAUUUCGAGGUCCACAUUGGUGUGAAUAUUGUGCCAACUUCAUGUGGGGACUCAUUGCUCAGGGUGUGAGAUGUUCAGACUGUGGACUCAACGUACAUAAACAGUGUUCAAAAUAUGUUCCUAAUGACUGUCAGCCGGACCUCAAAAGGAUCAAGCGAGUAUACUGCUGCGAUCUCACUACGCUGGUGAAAGCUCACAACACACAAAGACCCAUGGUGGUGGAUAUUUGCAUUCGGGAAAUUGAAGAACGAGGUUUGAAGUCAGAAGGGAUUUACAGAGUCUCAGGGUUCACCGAACACAUUGAAGAUGUCAAAAUGGCCUUUGAUCGAGAUGGUGACAAGGCUGAUGUUUCCGCCAACCUAUAUCCAGAUAUAAAUAUCAUUGCUGGAGCAUUAAAGCUGUAUUUCCGAGACUUGCCCAUUCCCAUCAUCACUUAUGAUACGUAUUCCAAGUUUAUAGAUGCAGCAAAACUCUGCAAUCCCGAUGAAAGGCUAGAAGCUGUUCAUGAAGUGUUGCUGUUACUUCCUGCUGCACACUAUGAGACUCUUCGAUUUCUGAUGAUUCAUCUCAAAAAGAUUACAAUGAAUGAAAAAGAUAAUUUUAUGAGUGCUGAAAAUCUGGGAAUUGUGUUUGGACCCACUUUAAUGAGACCUCCAGAAGACAGCACCCUUGCUACUCUCAAUGACAUGCGGUACCAGAAGCUGAUUGUACAGAUAUUAAUAGAAAAUGAAGAUGUUUUGUUUUAGGCACAGCUUUAAAUUCAUAGCUAUCUGCUAUGAGAAUAUAAGUUUGAUGGAAAACAAAUCCACAAUUUUUGAAAAGCAAGGAACACAAAUAGCACUUCAUUUUCUGCAAUUUGCAGAUGAAUGCCAGAAGAUUUAAUAAAGGUUAUGUCUCAUAGACAUAUACCUCUUUUUAUUAUUUAAGAGAGAACAAAGGUGAGGAAAAUGGUCUUGCCUUGCAUCUUUUGCCUUCCUUUCAAUUUGUGUGAGUGGGGAGGGGAAUAUAAAGAAAGGUUACAGACUGUUCUACCAUUAACUUAUUAAAGGACACAAUUUUGUACAUUUAUUUAGAUCAGUGAAGCAAAAAGAUACAGUCGACGUAAUUCUGAAGAUGCUGUGCUGACCUAUUUCUAUUGAAAAGAACUAGGCCAGAACAGCAACUUUGAGGAUGGUAGCCAUAUAGUCCAGUCCCCCAUGGUCAUAUCAUGUGUACAAAGAGAUUUCAUUUCUGAUGCCCAGACCAGGCACAUGGUCCACAUCUAUAUAAAAGGAUCUCUCUAGAGCACAUGUGUUAAACACAAGGCCCACGGUUCAAAUUUGGCCCGCCACGUCAUUUUAUGUGGCCCGCGAGUCUUUCAAUGCCAGGGCAACGCAGUUAAACUUAUAGUCUUACAAUUACAAAUGGCCCUUUGAAGGCAACCAUAAGGCUGAUGUCACCCUUGGUGAAAAUGAGUUUGACACCUCUGCUCUAGACCCAUGAUCAUCAUGUGGAAACAGAUAUAUUUUUCCCAUAUGAUAACCAUAAUAUUUCCACUUGCACUAGUUUCUUUCAUUAUUUUCUUCUUGCAUAAAAAUAAUUCAUUUGAAAUGCAUCAAAUGACCAUGAUUCACAUCCUGGUGCCAGUCACAACUCUGCUCAUGAAGAAGCUCCCUAGUUUUCUUCUAUGUUCAGCAAAAUUUUCUGCAAAGAGAAUGAAGGAUUGCCAUAUGCACAGAGAACAUUCCCAUUUAUGAAGAAAAAUCAGAAGGUGCUUUACCUUAUCCAAGAUAUUUAGGUUCAGGGUGAUUGUCAGUGUUCGCUGUAUAUGGAUAUACUAUUUCUCUCUAUGUAAGACAUAAUUAUAUAUGUCUAAAGUGAAACAAGACAUGUAUUUAAUAUAGAUAUAUUACUUUAGUUCGCUGCAAGAAUGUCUUUUUUAUUUUAGCAAAAUAUAAUUCAAUGCGGUGCAUUGAUGGUUUUUCAUAUAUUCCUCUUAAACAUUUUUGCUAUGGCAUAUUGAGAACAUUCACCAGUACAGCAGUAUUAUUCUGACAUAUGUCUUUCAUUGCAACUGAUUUCCAGACAAUGUCAAUUUCUUAUGCAUACUUUAACAUUCUUUGGUUUUUGUUAUAUUCUAGGAAUUAAUAGUACUCUUGCUUUUAGCAAUAUGGUAUUCUGGAACAAAUACCAUACUAUUUGUAUAUUCCCCUCCAAAGUGAGAGGGGGAAUGAAGGAUUUUGUAAUAGUUUUGGCAGUAGCAGCAAUUACUAUACAUUAUUCAUAUUUAAAAUAGGAAUUGCCAGAAUAUUGGAUGUGUUCUGGUAUUAUUGGGAUUAGCACUUAAUUGAGUUAUGGCGUUGAUGUUUUAAAAUGCCAAGUUACUUUUACAUUGCUGUUGUAUUUAUAAAAGUAAACCUGUUUAAAACGAAGCAUUUUUCUGCAAUGUCUUCCGGCAAAAUUGUUAAUAAAGGAAAUAUAAAGUGAAUGAGUAUUAGUGAGAAUUGGUAUAUUACCAAAUCUCAUGGGGGUUUUGUGUCUAUACUUCCAUGGAUUGACCUCUCAGUCUAAAACAAUGUGGUCCGUUCUAAAUAUUAGACUUUUUUCCCAUCAUGAGAUUUUUGUACAAAUAUUUGAAACACAAGAAUGUAGUAUAGUUUAUUGCAAACCUGAACUUUCAAGAGGAAAAAAAACUGAAUUUGUGUUAAUCACAAGUUUCAAAACCAAAUUGUGCUAUUUCCUGAAUUAUUUCAGGGAUCACAGAUUUCUAUACAAUUUUUUUAAAUUGCAGUAAUGUUGAUAGUGGGGGAGGAGACUGAAGACAAAGGGAGCACAAAGGGGGAAACAACAUAUAUUAGAUAUCCUUUACAUAGGUCACCAAGGACUAGGUAGGCAGACCCAGGCUGCAGGGCAGAAAUUAGGGAGAUCUGAUUUGCAGGUACAAUAUUACCAGAGAUUCUCAUAAAUUGUACAGUUUUAAUUGUUGUUAUGUACUAAAUACUUGUCAAAAAUGGUAUGGAAAUGGUUUUAUUUUGUGAAGUGAAAUAUGCUUUGUAAUUUAUGAUGGUGUAAAUGGAAAGGGAAAACAACUCCCAUUAAAUGUGUUUUGAGUCCCUGUC